CGCGGGAAAAUAGAGAGAAUGAUAGAAUAAAAGAUGCGAAUGAUCGUGAUGCAAAAAUAAAAUAAUAAAAAUCGACAACUAUGUCGAUGGAAGGAUUCCAAAGAUUUAGGAGAGGAGUAUUCUGGGCAAGCCACGGCCAUCUCUGGUAAAAGGCAAGAAAUGGGUUCUGAGCUAGCUUGUCCCACUCCUCACAAGUUGUACCUUACAGUGACCUAUAUACUCCUUUGACUUAGGACAUCGCGCGUUCGAAUCCCCCUCAUCUCCAGUCAUUUUUAUUUUUCCUUCCAGCCGCCAGCGACCCCGCAUCGUUCCGGAUAACCUCAUAUCUGCUUGUUCUGCUGUCUGUACAUAAUAACUGCUGUUGAUCCUACUGUGUUAUUCUAUCUAGUCCAGCCACACCACACACAAUGUCUUCCACCGCUGCGUGUAUCUUCUGCAAGAUCAUCAAGGGUGACAUCCCUUCCUUCAAGCUCUACGACAGUGAGAAGGUCUUUGCUUUCCUUGACAUCGGUCCUCUGAGCCGUGGCCACGCGCUCGUGAUCCCAAAGUUCCACGGCAAGAAGCUCACCGAUAUCCCCGACGAGGACCUCCUCGAGAUCCUGCCCGUCGCGAAGAAGGUCGCCCAGGCUAGCGGUGCUGAGGAUUUCAAUAUCCUGCAGAACAAUGGUCGCAUUGCGCACCAGGUUGUUGACCAUGUCCACUUCCACAUGAUCCCUAAGCCCAACGAGACAGAGGGUCUCGGUGUUGGCUGGCCUUCCCAGCCCGCGGACAUGAACAAGCUCAAGGCUCUCCACGAGGAGCUCAAGGCUAAGAUGUAA